GCCAUCCCUCGACUCCAUGCUCGCAUAUGCCAUCUCUUACAGUCACCACUACACUGUGACUUCUACUAGCCACACUUGACGUGCACGGUGACACGCUGUGCUUUAUCCCUUGUCAACACUACUGUCAACAUUGGAUCGAUGCUAUGCAUACAGUAUCAAGUCAAGCGCUGGGCUAUGUCUACCUACGGUCUAUCUAUGCGCCGAGCGCCUACAUUCACAAAACGGCUUCGAACAACUGCUCCCUUGAUCCUUCUGUAUCAGGGAGCAAAUGUCGAGGGUAUUGGACUAGCCUGGCUAGUUCAUGAUGGACAUGCAACGCAGCCAGAGUCACGGCGCUUCCCUGGGCGGCUCAAAAGGCUUCUAAUGCAGCGUUGGCGGUUGUGGCUGGCUUGUCUCAACACCAUCGGGUAUCUGCUUGGGUCAUCGCCGUUACGUCAAGCCGGAUCAUCGGUAUCGUCGCUUGGCUGGCCAAAUAUAGAACACCAAACCCGACCCUUCUCUUUGUUCUGUUUCCCUACCUCCCCAGUGCCAGGGUACCCAGCGUUCCGUCACAUCUACCCGUUCUCCGCAUCCCAAGAUGGGCAUCUGCGUCAACGGUUCCUUCAUCACACUUAGCCGAAGCCAUGCUGAUUUCGACACCGUAUCUGCGCGAAAUCGGCUCCACAUUUAACGUCACUGCUUCCAGCAUCACGACCUAUUUAUGUAUCCCCAAGCCUUGCCGCCCACCCAUAAUACAAAUACAGACGAACCCUCGGAUAUAUAUGCAUCCCUGGCAGUCCAGCGGCCUUCAGUUAACCUCGAUAACUA